AUGGACGAACAUGACAUCAGCUACCACAUGGUAGUUGAACUUCUAGCCCAUCAGUUUGCAUCUCCCGUGAAAUGGACCGACACGCAUGCCACCUUAUUCGAUGAUCAUGUUGUGGAGAGGCUGAUCGAGAUUGGGCCGUCAAACACACUCACUACAAUGGCGAAUCAGACUUUGGCCUCCAACCGCUACAAGGACUAUGAUGCAGCCAUGUCCAUCAACAGAAAGAUCUUGUCCUGCAAGUCGGAUAGCUGCGAGAUAUAUCACCACGUAGAAGCUGCGUUCAACAAUUCAGCAGGGAUGCCGGGAAAGGGCUUGGCAAAGUUGGCUGCGUCGGAGACGGAUAGGGCACCAGUAACAGUGCCUCCCAUCAUCGUUGCAUGCCAACCUGCUUCAGAGACGACAGGCGAUCCCGUGAUCACAGCUCGCCAGGUUUUGGAGUUCCUGAUACUUCACAGGCUUAACAAGCCAGCCUUCAAUCUGCCUGGAUCAAACACAAUUACGGAGAUGGUCAAAGGGCAAUCUACGCUACAGAGUGAGAUUUUGGACGACUUAUCUUCCGAAUUCAACAUGAUACCCGAUCGCGCAGAAGAGAUGCCGCUGGAACAGCUGGCAGCGGACAUACAAGCAGCGGGCUUCCCAGGAUAUUUCGGUAAUGUUUCCAGUGCUGUUAUUUCCGAGGUCAUGGCGGCGAAGAUGCCUGCUGGAUUCUCAUCUGAAAAUACAAGGGGAUAUUUAGAACGGCAAUGGGGUUUGCGCCAGGGUCACCAGGAUGCUCUUCUGCUUUGGGCUGUUCUAGAGGCACCGAAAGCCCCCAUCGAUGACGAGAUCUCGGCGAAGCGAUUCCUGGAUGGCGUUUUUGAAAAGUACACCAAAGACCGCGACUCGAAUAUUGCAGUAUCGCCCGUGUCAACCCGGCAACAACCUAACACAAACGAACAUGCGGGCUUAAAUUUUCCGGCAGAGCAAAAGAUAUUUUACCGCAACCUCUUGGAACUCUGUGCCCGGACGCUCCAACUGGACUCGGAAGAGGAUAAGGCCAGCAAGCUACAGAGCUACGUAGGUCGACUUCAGUCCCAAGUCGACGGUUGGAUCGCAGAGCAUGGUGUGGCAUAUGUCUCUGGGAUUGAGCCUAUAUUCACAAGGGAAAAGACUUGGACGUACGACUCCGCAUGGAACUGGGCUCUUGUCGAUCUUCUCCAGACGUAUUACAACAUCCGGACCGGGGUCCUCGGGUCACAAGACGCUGCAGAGCUUGCCCGCAUCACGAUGAGUAUCGCGAACAAGUCUAGGCCUGGUUCAGUUGAAGUCUUCAACUUCCUCCUCGAGAGAGAGCGAAGAAAUACAAACUCCAACCUACUUGCUGUGACAUUUCUUGAAGAGUUGUUGGAAACUUGUCUCGCGGCCUGGAAGGUCCCUCCCCGAUUUCAGCCGGAUUUCGCACCGACGAGACCUUCCACAGUCAUUGACAUAGAUGGCAUCGUUCGAGUCCAAGACAUCCCUCGUGAGGGUUCGGUUUCUCCGUCGACGUAUCUCGACGAGAUGUCCCGACCGCAGCGCACGGCUGGAACACCUACACCCUGGCUCCACCUCAAGUCUCGUUGCAAAAGAGAGUGGAUUUACGACAGCGGCCUGACAAAAAUGUUCUUCGAUGAGGCACGCGAAGCGAUCUCGGGUGGGAUCUCCCUUGAAGACAAACACGUUCUUCUCACCGGAAUUAGGCGCGAAUCCAUCGGUUCCGAGGUACUUUGCGCUCUCUUAUCUGCAGGGGCCAAGGUUGCCGUCACGACAGAGAGCUGCUCAGCUGAGACCACGAGCUACCUCCAGGGGCUUUACGCCGAGUACGGAAGCCGUGGUUCAAGCCUGACCCUAGUCGCCUGUAACCUAGCAAGCAUACGCGACAUCGAAUCGCUCAUCGCGUGGAUAUAUCUGUCAUCGGAAUCCGGUGGUCUGGGUUGGGAUCUUGAUUGCGUCCUCCCCUUUGCCGGCAUCGGCGAGGAAGGCCGCAAAAUUGACGGCAUCGACUCUAGAAGCGGACUAGAUCACAGGCGCAUACUGAAGAACACCAUACAUCUCCUCGGUACCAUCAAACGAUACAAACACAACAUCACCGGUACAGGCGGAUGCGGCCGCCCUGUCCAAGUCGUUCUACCACUCUCACCCAACCACGGCAUCUUUGGCGGCGACGGUCUCUACGCCGAGUCGAAACUAGGUCUCGAAAGCCUGCUCGACAAAUGGUACUCUGAGAACUGGUCAGAGGCCUUGUCGAUUUGUGGCUGCUCUGUCGGCUGGGUGAGGUUGACCUCGCUAAUGGGAGGUGACAACACAGUCACUGAGAGCGUCGAGGCGGAUCUCGGUGUGCGCACAUUCUCAACCCGGGAGAUGGCUUUCAAUAUCAUUCUGCUAUUGAAUCCAAAUGUGGCUUGUUUGUACGAGGAUGAGCCAGUCUUCGCCGACUUUAAUGGGCACCUAGGCUGCGUUGACGGCCUCAAGGCCUUUGUCGAUCAGGCUCAGGCAACAAUACGAGAAAAGAGCGACAUUGUGCGAGCAGUCCGGAUCGAGGACGAGUUGGAGGCUUUCGAUACGGGCACGCUUCCGCUGGCAGACUUACCACAACCCGAAAGCAUGCGAGCAUUGCUGAAAGUCGGGUUUCCAAAGCUCACGGACUACGAGGACACCGUCCGCGACGUAGACAGCAAACUGCACGGCAUGAUCGACCCCGAUCGCGUGGUCGUCAUAACUGGUUUCGGAGAGCUGGGCCCUCACGGAAACUGCCGCACGCGUUGGGAGAUGGAAGCAUAUGGGCAGUUUUCCCUUGAGGGAUGCAUCGAGAUGGCCUGGAUCAUGGGCCUUAUCAAGCACUCCAACACAGUCUCUGCCGGCUCUCCUACUGAAUCCGAUGCAUCUCCUAGUGCUACCACCCAAGGGCAUUGCGGUUGGAUCGACGUGGCUUCUGGUCAACCCGUGUGGGAUAGCGAGGUCAAGUCUCGUUACGAAAAGCACAUCCUCGAACACAGCGGUAUACGCGUCGUCAAGCCGGCCCUCUGGAACGGGCACAGUCCGAAAGCGGAGCAGAUGUUGCAAGAAGUUAUCAUCGAAGAGGACUUAUCGCCGUUUGAGGUUUCCAAGGAUGACGCCGUUGAGUUCAAACAGCAGCACGGCGAUAAGGUCGACGUCAAGCCGCUCGAAAAUGGUCACUUUGAAGUCCGAUUGAGAAAGGGGGCACUGCUGAUGAUCCCAAAGGCUCUCAACUUCGGAACCAACGUCACGGGACAGCUUCCAACGGGUUGGAAUCCGCGGCGUUACGGACUAUCGGAGGAAGUUGUCUCGCAGGUCGACCGCAUCACGCUGUUUGCCCUGGUCUGCACCGCUGAAGCAUUUCUCUCGUCGGGCAUAACCGAUCCAUAUGAGCUGUACCAAUAUUUGCACGUGUCUCAAGUCGGCAAUUGCACCGGCACAGGUAUCAGCGGCGCGACUUAUCUCAACAAGGUGCACAAAAGCAUAUUCAAAGAUGAUUCGGUACAACGAGAUGUGCUGCAGACCUUCGCCGACACCGUCGCGACAUGGGUGAACAUGCUGCUCAUAUCGUCUGCGGGCCCUACAAGAACGCCCGUCAGCGCAUUUGCGACCGGCUUAGAGUCAUUAGACACAGCUUUUGACCUCAUCGUGACGAGAAAAGCAAAAGUCUGUCUAGUCGGGGCAUCAGAUAACAUGGAAGAGGACGAAGUCUACAAGCUUGCCAACAUUGAAGCGAUCAACGACUCCAGGGCAGACGCCGCACGGCUUCCGACACCUAAGGAUAUGACGAGGCCGACGGCAUCGACGAGUAAAGGUUUUGUCGAGUCGCAGGGCGCCGGCAUACAGGUUGUUAUGUCCGCUAGAUUGGCCAUUGAGAUAGGCGUCCCAAUCUACGCCAUCGUCGCAUUCACCGGCAUGACGAGCGACAAAGCUACGCGGCCAGUCGCGACGCCCGGCAAAGGUGUCCUCAGCAACGCUCACGAGGUGCAUCUGUUGCCUACUGGGCGGUCUGCAGCUUCUCUUUCGCUCUCUGUGCGGAAAAAUCUGCUGAAUCAUCGACUUGCUCAGAUUGCGGCGUCUCGUAACAAGGGGCUUGCCGAUACGGAAGCGGCGGGAAACCGAGUCGAUGCGGCCGUCAUCGAACACUACUUCUUACGCAUGGAGGCCGACGCCCGUUUCAGUCUUGGCAACGGUUUCUGGCAUGAUUCGACUUCUAUUGCCCCGAUCCAUGGCUCAUUAGCUGUCUGGGGCCUGGAUGUGGAUGACAUCGCUGUGGUAUCAUUCCACGGCACAUCAUCGAAGGCGGAUGAUCGCAACGAGAUUGACAUUUUUCAGCGCCAGCUCCAAGAUUUGGACCGAACGGCGGGUAAUGUUCUGUGUGGCGUAUUCCAGAAGCAUUUGCUAGGCCACCCCAAAGGCCCAGCAUUAUCCUGGAUGCUUAACAGUUGUAUCCAGAUUCUCGGAAGCGGCCUCAUCCCGGGCAACACCGACGCCGACAAUGUACAUCAUGGGCCACGUGAUAUCAACUUCGUAACGAUACCAAACCGUAACGUGCAGACCGACAAAAUUGCUGCCUUUGCAAUCAUGUCUUUUGGCGUUGGGCAGAAGAGCGCGCAGGCAAUUGGCGUGCAUCCUCGGUACUUGUUCGCCACCAUGGGGCGGGAAGCGUAUGAAGAUUAUCGUGUUAAGGCAAAUAGACGGCAUUUGAGGGCGGAGCAACGGCUGGAGACGGGGAUGAUGCGCGAGAACAUGGUUGUCUUAAGGGAAGAGCCGCCAUUCCAUGAUGGCUAAGAUGAGUAUCGCAUCCUU